AUCUCUCCCGCGGUUAUGAUUUUUUUUACAGUUCGUUAUUUAAAACAAGCAAAAUUACAGAAUUAUGAAAAAAAAUAGACAUUAAACAUUUACUAGCAUUUUGGGCGACAACUGAUUUAUUCAAAUAAACAACUGUCACAACAUAAAGAUUAACAAAGAUGGCUCCCCCACAGGAAGAUGAAAACACACUGAAAAUUCUCCUAGCAACAGAUAUUCACCUGGGUUACAUGGAAAAAGAUCCAAUUAGAGGCAAUGAUUCACUUGUAGCAUUUGAAGAAAUUCUUGAAAUUGCAAAGAAAAAAGAAGUUGAUUUCAUUUUACUCGGUGGAGAUUUAUACCAUGACAAUAAACCUAGCAGACGGACAUUACACGGCAGUAUGGCUUUAUUACGACGUUAUUGUAUGGGGGACAAACCGAUUCAGUACGAAUUUCUCAGUGACCAGUCAGUUAAUUUUUCACAUUGUCAGUUUCCUCUCUUGAAUUACGAAGAUCAAAAUUACAAUGUUUCUAUGCCAGUGUUUUCUAUACAUGGUAACCAUGACGAUCCCACCGGUACAGGCAAUUUGUGUUCUUUAGAUCUUCUUCAUUCAGCAGGACUUGUUAACUAUUUCGGCAAAACAUCAUCACUAGAAAAAAUCCAGUUAUCUCCCUUACUACUGGAGAAAGGAACGACUAAACUUGCACUGUAUGGACUUGGAUCAGUCAGAGAUGAAAGACUGCACCGAAUGUUCGUGCAUAAAAAUAUUGCAAUGCUUCGACCAAAAGAAAACAAAGAUGACUGGUUUAACAUUUUUGUUAUUCAUCAAAAUCGAUCGAAACAUUCCGCAACCAAUUAUAUUCCUGAACAAUUCUUGGACGACUUUCUUGACCUUGUGUUUUGGGGUCAUGAACACGAAUGCAGAAUCGAUCCUGAGUGGAAUGGAAAUCAAAAUUUUUAUGUUACUCAGCCUGGAAGUAGCAUUGCUACAUCGUUAAGUGAGGGCGAGUCUGCUACGAAACAUGUUGGUUUGUUAAUGAUUCGUGGUAAAGAUUUUAAAAUGACUAAAAUCCCUCUAGAGACAGUACGACAGUUCUAUAUAGAAGAUAUUGUAUUGAGUGAAACUACGUUAAGUCCUGAUGAUCAUGAUGUCAGUAAAAAGGUUGAAGCUUAUUGUCAACAAAAAGUUGAAAAUCUUUUACAAAAAGCAGAAGCUGAACACACUGGUAAUGCUAAGCAACCUGAUAAACCUUUAAUCAGAAUACGAGUUGAUUACGCUGGUGGAUUUGAACCUUUUAGUGUUUACAGAUUUGGUCAGAAGUUUGUAGAUCGUGUAGCUAAUCCUAAAGAUGUUGUAUUGUUCCAGAGAAAAAGGGUAAAUACAGCUAAAAAGGAGGAAGGGGGAGAAGGGGAUGCUGAAUUGUUAGCCAAUAUUAAACCUCAGUCGUUAGAUAGUGCUAGAGUAGAAGAUAUGGUUCGUGAAUAUUUUAAUAAAGUUGAUGGUGCAAAUCAACUUCAAGUUUUAACAGAGAAAGGAAUGGGUGAUGCUAUUAAGGAAUAUGUUGAUAAAGAGGAGAGAGAGGCCAUAUCUGAACUUGUCAAAUAUCAAAUUGGAAAAACGCAGAAAUAUCUGAAAGAUAGAAACGCACCAGAGGAGAUAAUCGACGUAGAAAUUUGUCGAUUUAAAGAAGAACGUAAACAAAAGAAACAAGAAGAUGAAGAAAUACAAGAAGCUCUUAAAAUCGCGAUAAGCAAACGAGAAUCGCAAAAUUCCACAGGUUACCAGGAUGAUGAAAAUAAUGAUUCGAUAAUGGAUUCAGAUGAAAGUGAAAGUUCCUCUGUGUCAUCAACAAGUCGUGGCCGAGGAAGGGGUCGAGGGUCAAGAGCAAGAGGGACAUCAAAUCAGAGUACAAGAGGUCGUGGUAGUCGAGGAGGUAGAGGAAAGAAAGCAGCUGUAGUUGUUGAGAAUAAUAACACUAUAAUGAAUUCAUUCUCUCGAGCCUCAUCACAAAGAGCUGGUGCCAAAGCAGUAAAAUAUAAAGAUUCAGGAUCGGAGCCAGAUGAUGAUACGUUUAAUAUUCCCUCCUCUAGUCGUAAACGUAAAAACACAAGUCCUGCUACAUCUGCAGCUAGAACUAAAACCAAGAAACCUGUUACUUCUGAUUCUGACAGUGAUGAGGAAUUAUUCUCGUCUAGCAAAAGACGAAGAUAAAAAAAUUGUGAUUAAAAAUAUUGUUUGUUGAUUGUAAAUCAUAAACAAAAUUCGUGUUAGCUUGCUACAAAUUUAUGAUGAAAAAUCUAGUUAGGCCGUGUUGAAUUGAUUCCUUGUUUCUACUCGCCCGCGCGCUUAGGUCGAGGACCCCGAAAAUCGUGCGCUUGCGUUUUUAACACAAAAAAAAAAAUUCAAAAAAUCUAAAUAAAAUUCUACCAAACAUCAGAAGUCAAUUCUCGUUGUUUAUUCCUCGUUACGAACUAAAUAAGUAAGUGCAGGGGGCCGCACUACACGCAAAACAAAAAUCUACAAGAUAAACCUGCGGACAAGACAGAAAAUAGGCAUUGCACCGAAUAAACAAAUAUCAAAUCAAGUGAAUGGUUCCGGUUGAUAAUACACAUGUAGGGGCCCGCAUACUAUGGAAUAAGUUACACUGUAUAUGAUUGGAUGAAUUCCGCAAAAUGGCGCGUGUAGCAGUCAUUUCGGCUAAUGAGAAAGCAUAUUAUAAACUGUAAGACAAUCGCUAAUAUUCAACCGCGAACCUGAAUAAUCAAUUUUUUCAUUGGCUAAAAUUAUAACACAUGUCAUUAUUAUUCAAGUAUUACCCAAUCAUAUCUUGUGUAAUAAAUAACGCACGCCUUACAAAAUGGUGAGCUAUGCCGGUACAUAGGUAAAUUCGCGUA